CAGCCCAAGUUAAUGGAAUCAUGUGUGGUUGUUAGACUGGAUGACUUCUCAAUUUCAGCUGUGACAACAGAAGAGUCAGCUAAUUCAAAUAAGAAAUUCCUGUCAUCUGACAAUGAAGCGUUUUCUCUACCUCCAGAAAUGUCUUCUUUGCAUGUGGAAUACACAUCGUAUUAUUUCCUAGAUGGUUUGGAAUAUCCAGUUCCGCAGCCUAACAUCUAUGUAAAACUGAAUCCAAUUAAGCUGGAGAUGGAUUACAUGACGGUGCUAUGGAUCAAUCUGUUUGCAAACCACAUGGCAUCUGGGGUACAGAUGAAACCUGAUGGUGGUGAAAGUGAUAUUUUAUCUGAAUUAUAUCAUAAUGAUAUUCGCAUAGAUGCCUUGAUGCCUAGGAUAACAAUACCAGCUGAGAAGAUGGUACCAGAUCAGCCAGACAGACCAAAUGCUCUUCAAAUCCAGUUCUCACAGGUUAUUCUCUCUAACUGCCGCAUAGCAACUGAAGCUUCCAGAUCAGACUUAGCAUCAGCCAUCCAGAACCUCUACGGUGGAACAUUAUUCACAGAUCAACAACAAUAUCCGAAUGAAAAGUCUGAUCUGACAGCGGUAUCGCAGAUGCUUUGGAACCAUGCUUAUAAGACAGGAGAGUCUGAAGGUACAAAGCAUUGUACCAGUUCCCCUGUAGCCGUUCAAGGGAAAGGAAACAUUGCUAGUGUGGGAACAAAUGAGAAGAUAAAGAAUCAACCAAUAUCCAAGAUGUCCUUCUUCACACAAGCCAGUGAAGAUGUCUGGUGUGCCCAUCUAGAUCAAGUCUGGAUGGAUUUUCUCGGUGUGGAAAGUGCCAAAGGAAGGCCGGUACCACUUGUUGAAGCCGUGCCUAUAUCAAUUUGGGCGUGCCUUCCCAAAGAGAGUCAAUCUUAUAAAGCAAAGUUGUUGCCAAAGAACAAAAUACCAGAAGUUUCUUCAGUGAAAGAUGACUCCAUUGUGAAACUCAAUGGGGAGAUAUCGCAUCAAAAUAAGAGACUCCUGUAUGGUCAUCGCAAAGCUGAAUCUGUAAGUUACCCAAUUUUUGGAACAACUUCUCCAGCUAGCACGCCAACAAGUGAUAACAUCAGUAUGUCUAUGUCUGACCUGACCAUGAAAGAUACGUCCAUCAAAGGCGCACUUAGCGACAGCUCUUUACAGAGUUCAAAUACAUCUGGUAUUGGUACAAUGGACAGUGGUGGUAGUACCAUAUCGUCAUUGCGUACCAUGCUAGGGAGCUCUGAGAGCAUGUCAUCAACCGCAACAACUGACAGUGCCUUCAGUUCUGUGUCUACAAGCAACUCUCGCAUUCAGGCGAAUCAACAAUCGUUUACUAGUGGAGAGUCUGUAGAUACAUGUGACAAUGAUGUUGCUGAUACUAACCUCCUGGUUGAAGUGAAAGGUAAAAUACGAGUAAUGAUCAACCACCCUCAGAUUAUGUUUCUCUUGAGGUUAAUAGACUCUUUCCAGGCCCUGACGGAUAGUAUAGAAGAAGAUAUUGUCAUGUUUCAUGGGAAAUCUGAGACCGUUUCCAGUGUAGUUGUGGCUGCUAGGUUACACUCAGCUGAGGUUCUUUUGAAUCUUCCUCCCAUUGCGGAAUCAAAGGGAGAUAAAAAUAACGGCAUGAACGCUGAAGUGAAAUGUCCAGGCAUAGAUGCCUGUGGUGCUGAUGUUACUACAGAUGCUGAUUGUGUGAACCGACAAAGUGACAUACAAGAUUCAGUCAUGAACUCAGACAUAAGUAGCAGGAUUAAUGUCAAUGAGGAACAAGCAAUGAAUGCAAACACAAAAGCUGUUGAUGUCACUGACUACACGAAGAUAAAGCCAGCUGUCCUGAUAGUGGACAGUUCAAUAGAUCCUUUAGAGAAUGGAGAUGUGGCAUCAGAUUAUGAAUUGUUGUCUUUAGAUAUUCAACAUGGUGUACGGUUCGGGGUGAAGAAAGAUGAAGUAGUGAACACAGAGGGUGAGAGGACUUUACAGCAGGAAGUACUUAGGAACACUCACAAUUCAGAUGUGCAGUCAUAUGGUGCAAUGAAUGCAGUUGCCGAGUUUGAUGAUACGGAUGAUUUCGGUGAGUUUCAGCAAGCAGAUAUAAAUAGAAGAAAUGACUUUAAAGAGCAAGAACUGCUGAAAACUGCACCAGAGUGUGCGUUACCGAUGAAUUCUUUGGCAAACCUUGUGAAUAAGGAUGAGAUCGUUGUCUCAGGAGAGAUGAAUACUAUGGAGGAUAAUUUGAAAUGCACUUCAUCAACAAAAGAUUGCUGUGAUAAUACUGAAUCCUCAGAGGUGACCAAAACUGAAAAAGAAGACUUAGCUAAAUUGGUGUCAAUAAUCAAAGUAAAGUUGUCAGAUCUCCAGCUUGGUGUUCAACUGUUUGGUGACAAUUCAGGAUUGAAAACUGUUCUGGGAGAUGUGGAACUACAAGAAAAUGGAAAUAAAAACUAUACUGAAUUUGUAGAUCAGUGGGUUGCAGAUAACAACCGAAUGAAAGAUGAACAGCUUCCUCCACUCGCUAAAUCAGAGAACCCGGCGAUAUCCCUACGUCUGUCACUAGGCUCGUGUGCUGAGAAAUACUGCCCUGGUACAUCCAUUAAAAAGCAUGUUGGUUUGAAAGUUAAUGGUUUAAACACUCAGCUGUUGAUGUCAACACUAACAAGUUUAGUAGAUCUUGUAGAAGAUGAGAAGAAAGGUGAUAAUGAUGAUGAAAUGCCAAUUGAUAUUGAGAUUACACAGGCUUGUAUUAAACUUAAGACUCCCAUCCUCAAAUAAUAUUGCCAGCCAAUCGCAAGUACUAGACAGGGAGGAAAGUAGUGAUGCAGAAAGACAAGGUUCAGUGCUGUCUGAAGCACCAUCAGAAGGGGCACCAUCCUCCAUAGCAUCGUCUCCCACAGAUAACAACAGUCAGGUGACCUCACCCACGUCUGAAAUCAACCCACUACUAGAAGAAGUACACCAACUAAAAGAACAACUGGGAAUGACUCGAUCUGCACUCUCUACUGUUGAGCAAGAGAGGGCGUCCUUGCUUCACUCUCUGAUGAAACUGCAAGAUGAAUUGAUUGACACAGAGAGGGAGAGGGAAAACAUGCGCCAGGAAGUAGUAAGACUGAGAACUAUGAAGAGAUCUGUGUCUAGUUUGUCUCUGAGAUAAUCUGUCUUUGUAUCUGAUAAAUAUUCAAUACUAAAAAUAUCCACAAUU